CUGAGUUUAGCACCCUCCUUAGCUCAUUAACUUUCUCCCAGUCAGCAGCGUGAGUGACUUUUGACGGGACCAGUUCUAAGACGCCGCGACAGCGAAGAUGCUGGGCUUGUUCCUCGGCCCUGUGCUUUUCCUCUUGGCGCACGGACUUCCCUCGCCGCCAGGAUCCUUCCAGUUGCGCUUAGCCGGCAACAGGCAACGAGAAAAUGAGGGCCGCUUGGAGGUGUUCUACAACAACGCCUGGGGUACCGUUUGCGAUGACGACGUGGACUUGACGCUGACAAACGUUGUCUGUAGAGAGCUGGGCUUCCAGCGCGGCCUCACCUGGGCACACAGCGCCAGGUUCGGGGAAGGCCAAGGAGUGAUCUGGCUUGACAACGUGCGCUGCGUGGGCACAGAGAGGUCCCUGGCAGAGUGCCAGUCCAACGACUGGGGCACCCAUGACUGCACGCACGCGGAGGACCUGGGCGUGGUCUGCAGCGGCGAGAGGCGGUCCGGCUACCGCCAGCCGAUGACGCCGGCGGUGUCUCCGUACGGGCGGGUCACGGCGCCGGUGCGGGGUCACGAGAUCGCCCUGGGCCGGAACUCAAACUGGCCGCGGACGAGUUACCCGUCCACGUCGGCCCGCGGUCACAGCAUCCAGCUGCGCGGCGGGUCCGACAACGCGCUCGCACGUGGCAACGAGCGCCGCCUGCCGCGCGGGCACGAGAUCCCGGCCCGGCUCGGGAACAGCGGUGCGUACCGGCAGCAGCAAAGCACCAGGCAGGAGCAGGAGAGACACCAGUACAGUCAGGGACAAGAAACUGCUGCACAGUAUGGACACUCAACCCGACAGGAACACAACAGGGUUGACAACCACUAUAAUACGGGCUACGAGGACCAAUAUCCGUAUGGCCAGCAAACCAGACGAGAAGAGAGCAAUAGCCAUAAUUCUGCUCUCAGUAAGUUGAGGAUCGAGGAGGUCCGGCUGAGACCCAUCGUAGCGGGCACCAGGAACCAGGGCCUCAUCUCAGAAGGUGUGAUUGAAGUGAAGCAUGCUGGGAGGUGGAGGCACGUGUGUGACCAGGGUUGGAGCCUGAGCAGUAGCCGUGUGGCUUGUGGCAUGCUGGGAUUCCCUGCCGCAGAACAACAUGAUGUUGCCAUGUACCGGAAAAUGUGGAAUACAAAGUUAGCAGAUCCAUCAACCAGACUCAGAACCAUGUCCAGUAAGAAGGGCUACUGGGUGGAGAAGGUGCUGUGCGCGGGCGCAGAGAACAGCCUGUCCGACUGCCCGGGUCAGCUGUCCAUCGCGCGCAAUGACCAGCCCUGCAUCGGCGGCAUGCACGCCGUCGCCCGCUGCGUCCCGGGACGACAGUUCUCCAGGAUGGCGCCUGGGAGACCUCAGGCACCCUACUUCGUGCAGCCGGUGGUGCGGCUGAAGUCGGGGCCCCGCCUAGGUGAGGGGCGGGUGGAGGUUCUGCGGGAGGGGAAGUGGGGCACCGUGUGUGACCACCUCUGGGACAUUACCGCCGCCAGCGUGGUGUGCAGGGAGCUCGGAUUUGGAACCGCCAAGGAGGCUCUGCACCGUGCUUACAUGGGCCAAGGGACGGGGCCCAUCCACAUGAACUCGGUGCAGUGCACGGGGAGGGAGCGCUCCAUCAUGCAGUGCCAGUACCAGGAGGUUCCCCUCAGGACCUGCAAACACAGCCAGGACUCGUCUGUCCGCUGCAACGUGCCCCAAACGGGCCUGGAGAACACGGUGCGGCUGGCCGGGGGGAGGGCACCGGGCGAGGGGCGUGUAGAGGUGCUGAUGGACGUGGGCGGGCACAGGCGCUGGGGCGCGGUCUGCAGCGAGAACUGGGGCAUCAACGAGGCGAUGGUGGUGUGCCGCCAGCUGGGCUUCGGCUUCGCUUCCAGUGCCCAUCAGGAAACGUGGUACUGGCCAGGAGACCCCAGCGCCAGUAUGGUGGUCCUGAGUGGGACCCACUGCACAGGGAAUGAGCUCUCCAUUCAGAGGUGUCGCAGGAAUGACAACGUGUACUGCCCCCGCGGGGGCGACUCCAGGGCAGCGGGAGUUACCUGUGCGGAGAUGGCCCCCGACCUAGUCAUAGACGCUCAGCUGGUCCAGGAGACGGCCUACCUGGAGGACCGGCCCCUGCACCUGCUCACCUGCGCCCACGAGGAGAACUGCCUGUCGUCCUCCGCCGCCCGCAUGACCUGGCCCUACGGGCACCGCCGGCUGCUGCGCUUCUCCUCGCGCAUCCACAACCUGGGCAGGGCCGACUUCCGCCCCCGCGCCUCCCGCGAGUCCUGGGUCUGGCACCAGUGCCACAGGCAUUACCACAGCAUUGAGGUGUUCACGCACUAUGACCUCCUGACGCUCAAUGGCACCAAGAUCGCUGAAGGUCACAAAGCCAGCUUCUGUCUGGAGGACACUACCUGCCCUGACGGUCUGCAGAAACGCUUUGCCUGUUAUAACAUGGGGGAGCAGGGAAUCUCUGUGGGCUGCUGGGAUACCUAUCGCCAUGACAUCGACUGCCAGUGGAUCGACAUCACGGACGUCAGGCCUGGGGACUACCUCUUCCAGGUCAGCGUCCGUAGGCACUUCACACCUCAUCAAUGUGUAGCGCGGCAGCCAUUUUGGACCAGAACGCUAGCUUGGUUGGAGUGGGAUAAUGCCACAAUGCUAAUAAUACCAUAGCCUAGAAUGACACUU